CGGAAGCGAGGCGGCGCUCUCUCCGCCACAUUAGCAUACCAGCCAGAUCAGUGCGGAGCUGCGGACGGAGCUGCGAGCCGAGCCGCCUGCACCGCUCCGUCACCCCCCCUGCUUUCCCCGGAGUCGAGACACCACCGAGCCCGGCCUCAUUUUGCAGGGGACCCUGCUGCCGUCCGCCUAGCCGAGGAGAUGGGGGACAAGGCGGGCACCAGAGUUUUCAAGAAGUCGAGCCCCAACUGCAAGCUCACGGUUUACCUGGGAAAGAGAGACUUUGUGGACCACCUGGACCAUGUGGACCCCGUAGAUGGAGUGAUUCUGGUCGACCCCGAGUAUCUGAAGGACAGGAAAGUCUUCGUCACGCUGACCUGUGCGUUCCGGUACGGCCGUGAAGACCUGGACGUGCUGGGUCUGUCCUUCCGGAAGGAUCUCUACAUCUCCACCUUCCAGGCCUUCCCUCCGGUACCAGAGGAGCGGAAGCCCAACAGCCGGCUGCAGGAGAGGCUGCUGAAGAAGCUCGGCCAGCAUGCACACCCCUUCUACUUCACAAUUCCUCAGAACCUCCCCUGCUCAGUCACUUUACAGCCCGGACCAGAGGAUACCGGGAAGGCCUGCGGCGUGGACUUCGAGAUCAGAGCUUUCUGUGCCAAGUCCAUAGAAGAGAAGAUCCACAAGAGGAACUCGGUGCGUCUGGUGAUUAGGAAGGUCCAGUACGCUCCGGAGAAGCCCGGACCUCAGCCGAUGGUGGAGACGACCCGCAGCUUCCUGAUGUCGGACAGAUCCCUGCACCUGGAGGCGUCUCUAGACAAGGAGCUGUAUUACCACGGAGAACCCAUCAGCGUCAACGUUCACGUCACCAACAACUCCACCAAGACCGUGAAGAGGGUCAAGAUCUCCGUGCGUCAGUAUGCAGACAUCUGUCUCUUCAGUACUGCCCAGUAUAAAUGUCCAGUGGCCCAGCUGGAGUCAGACGACCAGGUGUCGUCCAGCUCCACCUUCUGCAAGGUCUACACUCUGACCCCGACGCUCGACAAGAACCGCGAGAAGAGGGGGCUGGCUCUGGACGGGAAACUCAAGCAUGAAGACACCAACCUGGCCUCGUCCACCAUUGUUAAGGACGUCACCAACAAGGAGGUCCUGGGGAUCCUGGUGUCCUACAGAGUCAAAGUGAAGCUGGUGGUUUCACGUGGAGGGGACGUGUCGGUGGAGCUGCCCUUCAUCUUGAUGCAUCCUAAACCCGUGGAGCCGCCGCUGUCCCGCCCACAGUCAGCGGUGCCAGAGUCGGAUCCCCCCAUCGACACCAACUUGAUAGAAUUCGAAACAAACAGCAUCUCCCAGGACGACGACUUCGUCUUCGAAGACUUCGCCCGCCUGCGGCUCAAAGGUGUCGUGGAUGACAAGGACGAGGACUGCUAGGAGCUGCCGACCCGUCAUACGCUCGCUUCGAAACCACACACACACACACACACACACACACACACACACACACACACUCGUACACGCGUCACAUGACAUUCCCCGGUGGAGAGGAUGGACCAGGGAGCGUUUGGGCGGGGCUCGCUGUUCUUCCGCUCCCGUUUCAUUGUCUCGCCACCGCCUUUUCUUCUCCUCCGUCUUCUGUUUGUCUUUCUGCUGAAGGUUGGAAGAGUUUCACAGCCGCAGGGCAGAUGAAGGUGUGAUGAAGUGAUUGUAAUGAAGAGCUAGAUGUCUGAGGCCGAGACGGCUGCCGAGCUCGUCCUCUUCCUCUGAGAGGUUCCUGAAUGUCAGUCGCCGUCCGGUCCCAACAGAAUCUGUUUGAACCUUCGAGGCGUGCGUGUGCUGGCGAUGUUGGUUUGCCUCCAGUGGACUCUGGGGGCGUUUUUUUGUUGUUUUUUUUUUUUUUUUUAGUCGAUGAAGCUCACCAGCAUCCUCUCGCUUCCUGUUGACCCCUCCGUUCGCCAGCCACCGUCACGUGAAACCUCCUCGGUCCGACCCGUUCCAGCAUCGGUGGAGUUUCCUGCCAUCUUAUUCUCUCCAUAUGCGUCGGCCGCUCCCCAGUUCUGGUGUUUUGAACUGAUUUCAACAAAUUAUUUACAUUUAAUUUACAUUACAACAAAAGGAGGAGCCCCCUCAACCCCGGGGGCCGAGGAACCCGUCUCCACUAAAUCUGGUCUUUCUACUCUGAAGAAACAUGAAAUAAAAUCUUUAAAAGUUCAAACCUGCAGCUUGGAAAUUAUUGCUUUUAUUCUUGAGGUUUUAAAACAACCUCCUCAAAAACAUGAUCUCAAAGUUUCAGAGAAGUUUCCAGUUUCCCGAUUCUUCUCUUGUCGCUUCUUCUGGUGACCGUCGCCGUUCACCCCCGCGGGCGCUCCGCUGCCGCCCGGUGUCCUCACCGGGUUCAGGACAGCUCAGACCAAAGUGUGCCGGGAAGCAGAACAGAUCCAGCAGAACAGAUCCAGCAGCUGGCGCGUCGGUAACACGAGUCUCCACCAGGGUCGUGAUCCACCCACACCGGACAUAAACCUUUAAAUUUGGUGGUAGUUGACAGCAGGUCUGAAGUUACGUCUUUACUAAUGAAACUGAUAAGUAAAUGACUGAAAUCUUGCCCUGCUGCAUUAACUGUGUUGAUUCUGGAUGUUGUCAUCUGUAACCAUGGCAACAAUAAGAUGAAGCUCCAGUUUAACCUCAUCACCAACCAGAUCUAUUUUUAGAUUUUCUACCUUUCCCUCCAUGAUAUAUUUAAGUCUGUUUCAGUGUUCCUCAAUGAAAGGUGGACUUUUAGUAUCUAAAAUAGGUUUAAAAUAAAGACACCAUCGUAAAACUGGAAACGACGCUGAUCGUGUGAGAGCUGGCAACAGUAACUGAGGGGGCGUGGCUUACUGAUGCGCUGGUUAUCCAGCCUUCUCGUUUUUACUCCACCCACAACUUCAUCAUGUUUGGAGAAAGGGAGGAGUUGACUCGCGUCUCUGACUCCACCCUCGAAACGAGCCGUUGAGAACAGAGUUUAUAAUUCCCGCUUGGAGAGGGAGCUGCUGAAACGUGUCUGCGAGGCGUCGUUCAGUUCUGGCUCUAAAAUCCCUCCUCCUCGUCUUGCGUCGACACAAACUCUGCAUACCGAGACCCGGGCCAGACGUGGAGUCACCUGACCUUCCGGAUCCGUCAGCCGAUCCUGCGUUGGUUGUUCUGCUGCUCCAGAUGUUUGGAGACGCGUCCACUGAAGAUGAAGCUGGUUUUUUAACCUGCGUGACUCGGGGCUGAAGGGAAGAACUGGUGCUGUCUGGUUAGUCUUCCUCCACCUGCCGUCGAACCGAUCAGACCGUGCCUUCUGCCUCCCAACUUCACAUCUGCUACAAGUCAAAGAUGAUCAGAAUUGUCACCUUUUCAAGGUUAUUAGUUUACCUAAAGACGCCAUGUUCGCCACUGAAAUUCAUCUCAAUUCUCACUUUAAAGCCACUUGUUUUAGCAACACCCCGUCUGGCCACAUGGGGGCGCAUCGCUCUGCCGUGUUGGUGAGUGGGGACAGUCCGGCACAUCUUGUAAUACCACUUUGUUCCACUAGAGGUGUAGUUUAUUGCCUUGACGCAUGAACGCAGUACGCUGCCCCCGCGUGGUCAGAAGUGGGAACACUACAUAGAGUCGUUUUAAAUAUCUAAUUUCACAUAAAAAGUAUUUUCUGCUGUAGCACUAAACCUGAGAUUAUUUUUGUACCCUAAAGAAAAAUCUAUAUGUAUUCUAUUCUGCAAUUUGAACUUUGAAAGGAUUUUACUGUCAUUUAAAAAAAAAAAUUACAGAAUUAUAAACAGACUUUGAUGAUUUAAAAUUAGUUGUUCGCCACCUUCGAUGUAACAAGGGCUGCCAGUUAGUGAGUGUUUUUGAAGGAUCAGUUUUGGUCAAGUGUUUCCUCGUGUGCCAAGAGGUCAAACAGUGGUGGAAGAAGUGCCUGCAGCUCUUGGCAGAUUUUUGUGACUACAAAUGCAAACUGCCUUUUUCAAAACGGUUUCCAGUUUGUUGUUGUUGUUAUUGUUGUUUUUAAAUCAGAUAAUUCCACUUUACUCCUCGUUAAAACUCGUCCUCCGUCAGUUUGGAUCCAAACAGAACAUGCCCCCUGGUGUUCAGCAGAAGGAACUGCAGCUCUUAACAGACAUGUUAGCUCAAUGCUAAUGUUACUAAUGCUAAUGUGCUGUUGCCUUGGCAACGCCUAAAGUUGGUUUUCCAAAAGUCUGCUUAUCGUUAGCGCAAUGCUGUCUAACACUGGCUGAUGCUGGUGCUGCAUCAAUGUUUUCUUCAGAAUGCACCAGGAAUUAAAGUUUAGCAUGAGGUUGAGAAAAAAACGCUCCAUGUUUAAAACGUUUGAAUUCUGAGAAAAACAAACUUUGAAACGGAACAGCUUGCGAUUAAAACUACAAGAACGAAGGAAGCAGCUUCAGGAUAUUCAUCUUUGAUUCGUGUGCAAACAAACUUUUUUUUUUUCAAAAUGUUCAAAAGUUUUAAACUUUUAAAGCAACAAAUUCUGUGCCAUGAGGAACUUUUCAGCCAAAACAAACCAGACGGCACCAGUUCACCUUCAGAUCCUCCACAUGGACCCCCCCCCCCCCCCCCUCUUCCUCCUCCAUCUCCAUGCUGCGGUCCACACUCGGGUUUGAUGUGGACCAGCUGGAGAGCGCCUUCGUUGGCUGUAUUUAUCUGUCGCUCUUUAUGUUUUAUGUUUCUCACCUUAAAGAAAUAAAACCGACUGACCCUCGGCGGACCGUUCGGGCCGACUCGGAGCGCCAAACCCAGCGAACUGCAGACGUUAUUCUUUGACCCGUUUCAGGAGAUGAAGAAUGUCGUAUUAGUUUUAGUCCAGUUUUCCAGACUCGCCUCCGCCGUCGCUGAAAGCCUCAGUAGAGAAGAAGAGUCGGCCGACACGGAGCUUGUUUUUAUUUUAUUUUUCGAUGACAUUUUAACGUUUGAUUUUUAUUUUAUUUUUUUCCAAGCAGUGCUGUGAAUCGUACGAGCUGUGAUUCUGUCCUUAUUUUGUCGUGCAUAUGUGGGGUAACUUUGCUAAGUGUGAAAAUAUUUUGACAAGUGCCACGCCCCGGCCUGUGCGAUGCUUAAACAGGAAAUGAUCUCUGCUGGUGGACAAACUCCAGGAAAGAUAGAUUUAUUAUUAUUAUGCUUCUGAUUAUAAUUAUUAUUAUGGUAACUAUUGUUAUUACUUCUACUGUAUCAUCAUCGCGACCAUGAUUAUCCUCAUAAUCAUUUAAGAGUCUAUUGUUUUGCCAUGUAUUUUUUAUUUUGAGAUUUUUAUUUUACUUUCCUUUUUAUUAUUAAAGGUAAAAUGAACUAACACAUUCUGCUCUUGAGUGGUCAGUGAAUGUUUCACUUUAAAAAAAAAAUGACUGGCUGAUUUUUCUAAAUGUUGACAAAAUAAAACGCAAGUAUAUGUAUAUUUUCAUCA